CACUGGAAAGAGAGUUCUCUUUUUCACUGAUCAUUUGCUCUGUACUGUAGAAACGUGGUCCAGGCAGAUUGAGCCAAGACAACACCCAUCACUGCAAUGCCGACAGAAAUAACACACACACGCUGACCAUUUGUCAGAGAACAAAGUUUUGAUCUGUUUCCACAAACGGACCUUAUGGCUAUGAUGGCAACUCCAAACAGUAGCAGUAUGGCUGUCUUCAAUGCUGGCAACUGUACCAACUUGUAUGACCAUCGUGGGUGGGCACAUGUACUCCUGCCUGUGGUUUACACUUUCAUUUUCAUUGUGGGACUGUCAGGUAAUCUUUUGGCUCUACAUGUCAUCUGGCCCAAUAUGAAGAAGAUCAACUCCACUACUGUGUACUCUGCCAACCUGGUGGUGUCGGACAUCCUUUUCGCAUUUGCCCUCCCACUGCGAGUGGCCUACUAUGCAUUGGGAUUCCACUGGCCACUGGGAGAGGGCCUGUGUAAGGCCACAGCUCUGCUGUUCUACAUAAAUAUGUAUGCUGGAGUGAACUUCAUGACCUGCUUGAGCAUAGACCGCUUCAUUGCAGUGGUGCUGCCGCUGCGCUUCAGCUGCUUCCGUAAAAUUCACAAUGUGCGAUACAUCUGCGUUGGUGUGUGGAUGCUGGUGCUGGCCCAGACACUGCCACUCCUCUCCAUGAAAAUGAGCCAUUUGGAGCAUGAUGGCUACAUCACAUGCAUGGAGUACCCCAACUUCGAGCAAGUGGAUAGUUUGCCCUUUAUGCUGAUUGGUGCUGUAUUCCUGGGUUAUGGCAUUCCUCUGGUAACCAUCUUGAUGUGUUAUUCAGCUCUUUGCUCCAAACUUCGAGAGCUAGCGAGGACAAACCAGUUGACAGAGAAAUCAGGCCUCAGUCGCAAGGCCAUCGGUGUGAUCUGUUGCGUUAUCCUGGUGUUUGUGGUUUGCUACAGUCCUUAUCACAUAGACUUGCUGCAGUACAUGAUCCGCAAACUGCAGUACGAGCCCGACUGUGGUGAACUGCAUGCUUUUCAGAUCUCCCUGCAUGUCACGGUCAGCUUUAUGAACCUCAACUCCUGCCUGGACCCCUUCAUCUACUUCUUCGCCUGUAAGGGCUACAAGAAGAAGGUGCUAAAGCUGCUUAAGAGGCAAGUGAGCAUAUCGUUAUCCAGUGUGGUUAAAACAUCACCAGAUGAAUAUUCCCGAGACAUUGACAAAAUCAACAUGGGCAGCAGAGUCUAUCAGAAGGAGAGGAGCAGCAUGUUCAUGAAUGACUGAGAGACAAACAACUUCUGGACUUCAAAAUGGAUGUAAGACCACCAUCAAAUUAUUGAUAUCAAAGCAGAUCAAAACAUGAUGCCUUGUCUGAAAAUUUCAAGCAUGGCAUGUCGUAGCUAAUGUCGCAGUGCAGUAUAAUAUGCUUUUAUUUGUGAGUCUGUAAAUAUUUCAUAUUUGUCAACCUGGUUUGUACUUUGUAAUUAGUUGGUUUUCUAUAAUUCCUUUGAAUAACAAGUUUCAUUAAAUUGUAUAAAGAUAGAAAUUUUGAACAAAAGUACUUGAAAAAUUUACCCCAUAGAGAAAGCCACUAUGUAACUUACUUUUUUUUUUUGCUUAAUGGUCUCCAAUCUAAGAGUGCCACCUUCUGUCAGAUAUCUGCAAUAGGUUUGAGUGAUUCAGAAGAGAAUGAGGUGGAAUGGGUACCAUAGUGGUGCAGUGGGUCGCUUGCUACAAAACAGCUUCAGGAUCCAGAAUCAAGUGGUUACUAAAGAUAGUGAUGAACGAAUGAGCUGGUGUCCAAAUAUAUAGCAUAUGAAAUCAUAUGAAAACAUUGUUACGAAGAUUUAACCAAACAGAAAACUUCGUAUGCAGAGCAGACAUUAUAAACCUGUAGACUGUGUAACUUAAGGGAAGUGCCUCAAGAGGGCAAUAUAACACAUCUUAACACAGCCUGUACUCAUUGAUUACAAUGCUCUGAAAAAUAAGUCAGAAAUGCAAAGCCCACAAUGUAAAAGUGUAUAGUGCAAACAAUCAAACUGUUAGUACAUGUACAAUCAGAUUUUUCUUAUUGUUGUCCAAAAAAAUUAUAACCAGACCGUAGAUUGACACAACAAUAUUCAGUCUCAUCUCAUCUCAUCUCAUCUCAUCUCAUUAUCUGUAGCCGGUUUAUCCUUC